CUCCACCUCGACAGCCCACAAGUGGAAGGCUUUGUUACCCUGCGUUGACGAGAGCAUUUUCUGCUGGAUAGCUUCCACCCAGUCACUGGGAAGCCAGUACGUACAGACUUCAUCCAUAAACUCUGAGAAGGAGAGGGCAGUCAGUCAACUGCCGUUGUUACUAAUCUAGUCCUGCACAUGAGGAUCCAGAAGGUGACCCACAACUUUGGCAACCUGAACGUCCUCUGCUACGCUUUUUAGCCGAAAGUAAUUCUCGCAACCUAGUUCCCAGCUUCGCAACCCUUCCGGGGUGAUGUCACCCGCUGUCAAGAAGGGAGGGGUUUUUCCAGGAGUGGUAUUUUCACAUCACGCUACCUGAGACUGUGUUGAGGACAUCGCAAAGACAGGGAGAACCACUGUGAAGCUAUCAGAUGACAAUGAGCUAUCCAUGGAAGUCGGAGACGGUGGAAGGGAUGCUGGUAAUGGGACGUAUGCAGGGGAGAUAGGUGGAGACGGAGCAGUGCUGGGCAGGGCCACAGGUGGUGGCGUAGAUGGCAGGGGAGUAGAGGCAGCGUGUGACGUAGACAGCGAAGACAAAGACGAGCACAAUGGCAAUGACAAUGAUGUCGUGGGCAGAGGGUUAUUCCCUCGACUACAGGUAGUCAAGGUCUCUCUUUCGGUUAGAUUUGGCAUUCGGGGGGUAGUCGAUGAUUUGGAAGAAGCCAUCACACUCAGACAUGCAGCACUAGAGCUCCGUCCAUCAGGGCAUCCAGAACGUGGCAUGUCUCUCCACAAUCUUGCUCUUGACCUCAGGGUGAAGUUCACGAAACAGGCUGUGAUCCACGAUGUGGAGGAGGCCAUCGAACUCCUCCGUGCAGCUUUGGAACUACGUCCCCCUGGACAUUCUCUUCGGUCUUCGUCACUCCAUGCACUUGCUCUUUGUCUGUCAAAUAAGCAUGACAAGCUGGGGGCAUUCAAUGAUUUGGAAGAAGCCAUUAUGCUCGGACGUGGAGCACUAGAACUCCGUUCACCAGGGCAUCCAGAUCAUGGCAUAUCUCUCCACAAUCUUGCUUGUGACCUCAGGAUGAGGUUCACGAAACAGGCUGUGAUCCAAGACUUGAAGGAGGCCAUCGAGUUCCUCCAUGUAGCUUUGGAACUACAUCCCCCCGGACAUCCUCUUCAGUCUUCAUUGCUCCAUGCACUUGCUCUCUGCCUGUCAAAUAGAUAUGGAUGUCUGGGGCUAGUUGGUAACUUGGAAGAAGCCAUCAUGUUAGGAUGUGUAGCACUAGAGCUCUGUCCACCAGGGCAUCCCGAUCAUGGCAUAUCCCUCCACAAUCUUGCUUAUGACCUCAUGAGGAAGUUCACGAAACAGGCUGUGACCCGGGACUUGAAGGAGGCUAUCAAGCUCCUCCAUGUAGCUUUGGAACUACAUCCCCCUGGACAUCCUCUUCAGUCUUCAUUGCUCCAUGCACUUGCUCUCUGUCUGCCGAAUGGAUUUAGCAAUCAGAGGGUACUUGCUGAAUUGGAAGGAGCAGUCAUAGCAGUCAGACGUGCAAAACUAGAGCUCUGUCCACCAGGGCAUCCAUACCAUGGCAUAUAUCUCCAUAAUCUCGCUUGUGACCUCAGGGUGAGGUUCACGAAACAGGCCAUGAUCCAUGACUUGGAUGAGGCCGUUGAGCUGCACCAUGCAGCUUUGGAAAUAUGUCCCUCUGGACGUCCUCCCUGCUCUUCAUCGCUCCAUGCACUUGCUCUCUGUUUGUCAUAUAGAUAUCGCAAUCAGGGUCGAAUCGGUGACUUGGAAGAAGCCAUCACACUUGGAUGCACAGCACUAGAGCUCUGUCCACAGGGUCAUCAUGAUCAUUGUGUAUUUCUCCACAAUCUUGCUUGUGACCUCAGGACGAGGUUCAUGAAACAGGCUGUGAUCCAUGACUUGGAGGAGGCUAUCGAACUCAUCCAUGCAGCUUUGGAACUAUGUCCUCCUGGGCAUCCUCUUCGGCCUUCAUCACUCCAUGAACUUGGUCUCUGUCUGUCGAAUAGAUAUAAUGCUCAGGGACUAGUUGGCGACUUGGAAGAAGCCAUCACACUCGGAUGUGAAACACUAGAGAUCUGUCCACCAGGGCAUCCUAAUCGUAGUGCACUUUCCCACAAUCUCGCUUGUGAUCUCCGGAGCAGGUUUGUGGCACAGGCUGUAAAUUAUGACUUGGAUGAAGCGAUCAAGCUGCAUCAUGCAGUUUUGAAACUACAUCCCCCUGGACAUCCUCUUCGGUCUUCAUUGCUCCAUGCACUUGCUCUCUGUCUGUUGAAUAAACAUGAUAAGCUGGAGACAUUCGAUGAUUUGGAAGAAGCUAUUACACUCAGAAGUGCAGCACUAGAGCUCUGUCCAGCAGGGCAUCCUGAUUGUGGUGAAUCUCUCCACAUGAUUCAGUCACUUGUAAGCCUAAAAGUGGGUCAUCCGAUGUGCACAUUUUGUCCUGAAACUGGGACUAACCGACAUCGGCCAGUGGUCCCUAGGGGUGGGUAG